AUGAGACUGUCUGUAGAACCCACUGGUUAUCUCAGACAUCGAAUCAGGAUCACUGUACACGGUUCGGUAGAGUCCUGCAUAGUGGUGCUUACUCCUGUCACUUCUGUUGUAUAUCAGACGAAUGUAAUCAGGGACUACUGCCAGACUCUACCACCUUCAAGCACCCUUCACAGACGAGGACAUAAUGUACCUUUAAUAAACUGCCCGUCUUGUGAGCACCACAUCUGUGACGUCAGUAACACCAUCCAGUGUGAAGUUUGUCAAAUUAAAGUUGAACAUCACGGACAACCUCCGAUAGAUACAAAAUGUUUUCAUAUUGGACAUUGUCACUCGGACGAUCAUCAUCAUUGCUGUGAUACUGAAGCUUGUGUUGCUUCCUUUUUUAGGGAAUUGCACAUUACCAACACCACAACCCAUCAAAUAACUUAUACAGAUACAGAUUCUAUGGCACACUGCCCCACCUGCCACGGAGGUGACUGUGACUUUGUCAAUCGAGACACAUGUCACGUGUGUAAAUUCGACUUACAUCCGGGACAUUUACCUCAUGUUCAUUGUUUGAAUGGAAAUGAACAUUGUACUGGUAACCACAACACCCUCUGCUGCAGUGACGAGUCCUGCAUAGCACAUGCAUUUGGAUCAUUCUAUCCCGAUGCUUCAUCUAGACAUCCUACUACAAGCAAAGAAAUCCACGUUACUGAUCCCAAUGUUCACUGCCCCCAUUGUCAUGGAGGAUUCUGUGACUUUGUGAAUCGUGACACGUGUCACGUGUGUAAAUUCGUCCUACAUACCGGGAAGUUGCCACAUGUAGAUUGUCUGAAGGGAAAUUCAACAAAUAUCGUAAAUAAGAGUAUACUCCAGAAUAAAUCGUCCUUGACCAUGGCCAUGUUGACAUUAACGGCAACGCUUAGAGCGAAAGUUGCAGACCGAAGACGGCCUCGAUUUGUCCUGGCAUGUUCAGAGAUUGAAGAAGAAUGUAAACCUAGGAUGUAA